GCAGCGUACACCGAAGUCAGCCAGCCGGGCGGGGACAUCAGUAGAUAUACGGGGGUACACUGUGCUGUGUGCCGACUUACCUGCUCAACAAACAAACGUUUAAAGUACCGUUUAAGCAAUAGUAUCCGAAUGAUUGAUUCUUGUUAUUAACGUGUUUUGAUGUGUCUGUGUGCCGCAUUGGGUACGCCGUUGGAGAUAUCAUACACUGUUAACGGCUAACGUUAGCAGAAUUGCAUGCAUCGUGCAUCCAGUGACCUGUCACCCACUCGAGAGCAAAGCUUUCCUCCCAUCAUGGCUCUGGCUGGUGUGCGUGUGAUCGAGCUGGCCGGCCUGGCUCCGGCUCCGUUCUGCGGGAUGAUCCUGGCCGACUUCGGGGCGAAGGUGAUCCGUGUGGACCGCACCAGGGCGGGUACAUCUCUGGACACUCAGGCCCGGGGGAAACGCUCCGUCGCCAUCAACCUGAAGACGGCCGAGGGGGUCGCCCUGCUGAAGAAGCUCUGUGUGCAGUCUGACGUCGUCCUCGAGCCGUACCGGAGAGGUGUGAUGGAGAAGCUGGGCCUCGGUCCACAGGAGCUUCUGAAGGAGAAUCCUGGUCUGAUUUACGCCCGGCUGACGGGCUACGGACAGAGCGGAUCGUACGCCUCCGCCGCUGGACACGACAUCAACUACCUCGCCAUGUCAGGUCUGCUGUCCCGGCUGGGGCGCAGCGGGGAGAAGCCGUACGCUCCUCUGAAUCUGAUCGCAGACUUUGCAGGGGGGGGUCUCAGCUGUGCUCUGGGCAUCGUGCUCGCUCUGCUGGAGAGGACGAAGUCUGGGAGAGGACAGGUCAUCGACGCCAGCAUGGUGGAAGGAGCGGCGUACGUGGGAUCGUUCGCCUGGAAAUCUCGGAGCAUCGGGAUGUGGGAUCGUCCUCGAGGGGAGAACAUGCUGGACAGCGGAGCGCCGUUCUAUGACACCUACGAGACCGCGGAUGGAAAAUACGUGGCUGUGGGCGCCAUCGAACCGCAGUUCUACGCUCAGCUGCUGCAGGGCUUGGAUCUGGACCCCGGAUCUCUUCCUCCCCAGAUGAAGGUCACCGAUUGGCCGGAGCUGAGGCGGAUCUUCAGCCAACGGUUCGCUUCCAAAACUCAGGAGGACUGGUCCCGGGUGUUUGACGGGACGGAUGCCUGCGUCACACCCGUGCUUUCCUUCGAGCAGGUGAGCUCACACCCUCACAACCGGGAGAGGGCCUCUUUCCUGACGGACGCUGAAGGGGAGGAGAGCCCCCGUCCGGCUCCCGUUCUCUCCAGGACUCCUGCAGAGCCGAGCCUGGCCUCCGACCCGGCGAUCGGAGAGCACACGGUGGAGGUGCUUAACGAGUUUGGGUUUAGAUCAGAGGACAUAGAGCACAUGAUAUCACACGGGGUCGUGGGGAGCGAUGCAGUCAGAGCCAAGCUGUAGAAUUUAUUGAUGUGUAAUUAACCCAAUUCAAGUCAUCUGUGUGUGAGUUAUUCAAGCCGCAGCAUUUGGUGAUAUUUUCACAUAUUUGGCUUUAUUCAAAUACAGCCUUCACUGGGAUUUUGAAAAAGCACUAGUCCGAAGAAAAUAUGUUGCUAAUAAAUAUAAAAAUACAGAACGUUUUUUAUUGUCAUCAAAUAAUAAAUAAAAAAGAAAUAAUUUUGAUAAUAAAUAUUUUAAAAAUGAAAUGAAGAAAAUAAGACAAAAUGUUUUAAGGUAAAAUAAAAAUAGACUCUGAGGAAUAAAGCAUAAGCAGUUGAUCAGAAUAUAAAGUCGAGGCACAGGUCUUUACCCGUUAAGUCACCGUUAACAAAGAUAGAAACAGCACCGAAGUUGAAGUUCUUCUUUUGAUUGAUUGUUUGAUUAUUAUAAAGGCCGGUUUUCUUUGUUGAACGUGGGAGAAGUUUGUGGUUUUAUUUGGAGUUAAAGCACAAUACCAUCGGAGGCCAAGCAAGUCAUCAGAAUGUGAGUAAAGAAAUCUCAAGGAAGGAAAACCCGUUAGGAAUGUCUGUUGAAAGCAGGCGUGUCCAAACCAUUCUCACUGAGGGCCACAAACAGAAAGUAUGGGAAGGUCUGGGCCCCUCACUAGAGGUUAACGGCCUCAUACGUUAGCAGAAUCAAUCAAAUGUAGGUCCAUUGUUCUUUCAACUCUUUAAGAAACCUCUCUCCGGAGGGGUCCCUGUACUCAGCUGGCAGCUCGAGGGUCUAUUUCUAGCUGGUUAUGCAAAUAAGUUAUUGGGCUUUUUUUUUCAUUGAUUAAGAUUUGUUAGAAAAUGUUUUUGAUUAACAGAAUGUGUUUGAAUAGUUGGCUCUAAUUAACACUGAGUAAUAUCUGUUUACAUCCAUAUUUAAGACGAGCACAGGUUUUACGUGUGAUUCCAUUAUCCUUUAGAAUUUGCUGAGGGCCGAUUUAGAAAUGGACCACAGACCACAUCUAGCCCGGGGGCCACAGUGUGGACACCCCUGGUUUAAGUGGGUUAAUGGAGAACAAGGGAAGGGAACCAGUACGAUAUAAUUAAAAAACACAACACGUGUCUUUCUUAUUAUUCAGAAACCCUCGGGCACACUAACAUUUUUCUGAGGUUGAAAUGAUAGUUUUAUGCUAACCAGCACUUAAUGAUAUCUAUUAUCAAAUGCAGCAGCUCUGUAUGUCAGAUAGUUUUCCUGCUUUGGCUAAAUUAAUCAGAACGUGCACAGCGGCGUUGUGAUUUUUAAAAUAAUGUCAUGGUAUAUUUAUGUAAAUUUAAACCAAACUGAAACUAAUGCUGUUGAUAAUCAGAAUAAAAUGCAGAUAAAACUG